AUGAACCACGUGGUUCCCGGUCAUAAUAUAGCCAUGAACCACGUGGUUCCUGGUCAUAAUAUAGCCAUGAACCACGUGGUUCCCGGUCAUAAUAUAGCCAUGAACCACGUGGUUCCCAGUCAUAAUAUAGCCAUGAACCACGUGGUUCCCGGUCAUAAUAUAGCCAUGAACCACGUGGUUCCUGGUCAUAAUAUAGCCAUGAACCACGUGGUUCCCGGUCAUAAUAUAGCCAUGAACCACGUGGUUCCUGGUCAUAAUAUAGCCAUGAACCACGUGGUUCCCGGUCAUAAUAUAGCCAUGAACCACGUGGUUCCUGGUCAUAAUAUAGCCAUGAACCACGUGGUUCCCGGUCAUAAUAUAGCCAUGAACCACGUGGUUCCCGGUCAUAAUAUAGCCAUGAACAACGUGGUUCCCGGUCAUAAUAUAGCCAUGAACCACGUGGGUCCCGGUCAUAAUAUAGCCAUGAACCACGUGGUUCCCGGUCAUAAUAUAGCCAUGAACCACGUGGUUCCCGGUCAUAAUAUAGCCAUGAACCACGUGGGUCCCGGUCAUAAUAUAGCCAUGAACCACGUGGGUCCCGGUCAUAAUAUAGCCAUGAACCACGUGGUUCCCGGUCAUAAUAUAGCCAUGAACCACGUGGGUCCCGGUCAUAAUAUAGCCAUGAACCACGUGGUUCCCGGUCAUAAUAUAGCCAUGAACCACGUGGUUCCCGGUCAUAAUAUAGCCAUGAACCACGUGGUUCCUGGUCAUAAUAUAGCCAUGAACCACGUGGUUCCCGGUCAUAAUAUAGCCAUGAACCACGUGGUUCCCGGUCAUAAUAUAGCCAUGAACCACGUGGUUCCCGGUCAUAAUAUAGCCAUGAACCACGUGGUUCCCAGUCAUAAUAUAGCCAUGAACACGUGGGUCCCGGUCAUAAUAUAG